AUGGACACUGUCCUGCUGGGACAGGAGCCAUCCCAGAGCUCCCAGGAGAGCACCGGAGAGCCGCAGGAGCUGGGGCUCAGCCAGUACCGCCUGGCACUGCAGAGGAUGGCAGAGGACCUGCUGUCCCUGCGGCGCCGCCUCGCCAGCCUGGAGGCCGAGAACAGGCACCUGCGGCACUGCCUGGCACAGCUCCAGGAGCCAGCACUGCUCCACCACACCGACCUGGACAGCCUGAGCCGGGACCAGCUGCUCGACAGGCUCGCCACCCUGGAGCAGGAGCUGGCAGCCAGUGCGGCCGAGUCGCGGGCGCUGCGGGACCGUGUGCAGCGGCUGCAGAACGAGCUGAUCCGGAAGAACGACCGCGAGAAGGAGCUGGUGCUGCUCCAGCGGUGCCACCGCCAGCAGCAGGUGACACUGAGGAGGUGCCAGGACAGGGUGGCCAAAGCCAGGGCGCUGGGGCAGGCGCUGCGGCAGCAGGAGAAGGUGAUCGAGGCCAUGGAGCGGCUGCUGCGGGAGAAACCGGGCAGGAGCACGGAGAGAGCCGCGGGCCACCCCACAGGUGACAGCCUCGGCGGGGACGCGCUGGCAGAGCUGCUGGCCGAGAACCGGCGGCUGCGGGAGGAGCUGGCCAGACCCCCCCGGGCCGUGGCCACCGCUGCCCCGGCUGUCCUGGGGGACACCGAGAAGCUGUGGCUGCUGGCCAGGCUGGAGGAAGCCCAAGCCCGCGGGCGGGUGCUGGAGAGGCAGCUGGAGGAGGCGGCCAGGCGAUGGGGCCGGGAGAAACAGGAGCUGGGGACGCGGCUGAUGGAGUGGGAGCACGGCCUCCCCCUGGCCUCGAAGCUGCCAGCCAUUCCCGUGCCCCUCCGGAGGCGACCCCAGGCGCUGCCCCCCCUGCCCUGAGCCCGCAGAGACGGAGACGCGCGGGGCUGGCACAGAGGAGCUUUUCCAUGGAUCAGAGGCAGAGCGGAUCGGAGGCGAAGCGGAACAUUCGGGGGGUCGGGGAGACCCCCGGGGAGCCGAGGGGACCCUCCCCACAUCCCCUCCCAACCCCCACGCUGCCCGGCCGGCCCCGCUUUAUCUCCCCGCUGGCGUAAGCGCAGCCUUUGGGCCGAGGCAGGGACGCGGCCGCCAAGGCUGAGGCCCUGAGCGAGUGCCAGAUGUCCCCAAAGGCCACCCCGGGAUGCGGGGGUGUCACCGGGGGA